CAGACCAAACAGAUCUCACACAGGUAAGCACUCCCCCACUGCUCACUCCGCCCUCUUUCCUAAUGAGUUUCCUGCUUUUGUGGGACAGACCCAGAAGAGCUGCGAAAGAGUAGAAGGUACGUGAUCGUCUAGAAAUUGCUUUGGAUUCACAGCCUGGAAAAACGAAGUUCUAGUCUCCCACAUAAAACUUGGAAACGGGAUCUUCCCAUCGUUUGGUACCUUCUGAUAUUCACUAGCUACCGGCUUUUAGUUUCAAAAGAAAUCUUCAUUAUCUCCCGACAAGAAAACUCGAAAGGAGGAAGGGAGAGUUUUCACUGGUGUCCCAUCCUCAGGUCAGAAGGGGAAGGAGCAGAGACAAAAAAGCUUGCACAUUUUGCCUUGUGAUGAAGAGAGAAGUUAAAACAUGACCGUUCCCACCUACCGAAACUUCUUUCUGAUGUCUGUCCCCUUAACUGCUCAUCUGCUCUCAACGGUCUGCUCUCACCAUCUGUACCACCAUGUGGUUAGAGACACACUGGAAAAACAUCCGCCAAGCCCUGCUGCUUCUUUUCACUGCCGCUCUUCUCAUUGGGGUCACCAUGCUGGCCAUCUCAUCUAACAUCAAUCCCAUAGGCUACUUCUUCCUAGGGGUAGGGGGAGUGUGCCUGGUUGGCUAUUUGCUGAGCGUGUUUGUUGAGUGUUACCUGAAGAAUCAGCACCAACAUGAUGCAAAUGAGACACCUCCAAACAGCCAAAGCCAAGAAGGGGUGAACGCUGCCUACGAAGCGCCCACCUAUGAGGAGGUCAUGACCACGUCAGUUCCAGCAAUAUGGACGAUUGCAUCCAAUCCAGGCUUGGUGCCCUCACCCCUGACCGAGCCGCCUCCUUACAAUGUAGCCAUUGAAUCAUCUGCCCAAGAAGAGAUUAUGGUGGAUGCUCUCAGGGUGUCGGUGGUGUCAGACACGAGGCACAUCUGUGAGACAGACACGGGCUCCAGGAUGCAGUUGCAGCUGGUGCUGCCUCCAAGACUGCAGCGGUUUGUUUCGGACAUCCAUGAAGUGAAAGGGAUUGAAGACCGGUUUGAGCCACUGGAGCCACUCACUCCACCACCUGCUUAUGAGAGUGCCAUCAACGAUGAGGUCUUUGAAGAGGCUUUCCAGCCCUCUGUAUUAUGAUUAAGUUCACCUUCUACGAAUGCAGAACCAAACUCUCAUCCCAACACAGGGUGUUCCUGGAGGGAAGGUGAAAGAGCUGAGAUUUUUCACACCUGAAACUGUAAAAGUUUGCCUCACCAUCCCUUGAACCAGAGCUGAACUACAGACACAGCUUCUGACCUCACUGGAAUAUUUUUGCACAAAAUAUAAAUCAAUGCAAUACCACAAUGCUUUGUCUUGGCAGAUGUGUAAAACCACUGGGAGGAAAGCUGUGUUACAUACAGCAACAACUCUCAAACUGGAGAUACACCUUUAUGAGGGAGGAAAGUGAAUCAUGAGAAGAGACGAGGUUUCCAAAGGAACUCUGUAGAAGGACUGUAGGAUGCAGCCAGGAGAAGCUGCCUCAGAAAGGAGUAGAAGCAGCACCAAGUAGGUUCUGCCCGUGCACUACAAACUGCAGUACUGCCGAGAGCUGUGCGAUCAUCAGCCACCCUAAAAUCCCUAACAAGCAACUGAAGGUGGAGUUCCCCAAGUUAUGUUUUGCAGCAAAACAAACUUAUGGUCUGAGCUGUUUGUUACUACCCCUUUGCUGUACUUGCUCCACAUACAUCCUCAGCUGUGCUGCACCAAAGCGUGACUAUGGGGAGGGUGGCUGCCUUCAUCUGGAAGCCGGCACCACCCGAUACCUGUCGCUUGGGGGUUGAAAAGCUGACAUCAGGCAUGGCACUGUGAAAUGACUCCUGUUGUUCACAGGGUUCUCAUCCCACACAGCCUGCAGUGGUGGACAAGAAGGAGACAACAGCAGUUUUUCUCCUGCAAGAAAGGCCAUCAGUGGGAUACUCACACACGUAUCCUCUGGCAGCUCUACAGGAGGGUGCAUUUCUCUCCUGUACUACAGCCCCAAAGAGAUCACUUGAGAUAUACUUUAUUGUCAUCAUGGCAAGCAUUUGCACACAGAAAGGUCAACGCUCCUCCAGUUCCCCAUAAUGAUGCUGAGCACGGGGGGUUUCUGUAUGGACUGUGGAAAAGACUGGUCGAUCUGCUGAGGCCAUGGCUGCAGCAGAGAACACCUGAGAAGAGCAGUCCCAGGGCACACACGGUUUUCGGUUGGAGCCAGGUACUAGCUCUCACUGUCACGCCAUGAGGUCUUUUAAAAUGGAUGACUUAAACCGAUGGGCUCUGCAGUGUUAAAGUGGUCUGAAGCAUGCAGAGAGACAUUCACGUCUGGCAAAUGUCCAAAUAAAAAAUAAAAAAAGAAAAAUGGCGGUCCAAAUACCCUAUGAAGGAGAGCUGCAAUCAUCACAGCCUUGUGUCAUACAACCGCACCAUUUUAAAUUCCUACGAGGAACCAUCAAACCCUAGGCCACAAGCAAAUAAAUUAUUUCUUAUUGUUUGAUUCUUUAUAGUUCAAAGAAAAAAAAAAAAACCUUUAAUGUUGUUUAUAAAUAAACAGGACUUCGUUAAAAA